CUCGUCACGCGGCGGUAGACUGUAGCGGUAGUUGAAGUUACAACGAUUUAACGUCACAAUUUAUAACGUCGUAAUUGCGCCGGGCGCUUUGUCAAUUCCCGGCUGAGAAAUGACGUUAUUCGCUGUGACUGCCUUGCAUCAGUGCGACGCAGUGAAGUGAGUGCUGAACGAGUUGAACUAUUGCCAAGAUCUCCAGGCGACGUCCGCUACUGCCUGUGGUGUUCUCAGUUGCGGGGAGUUUAUUUUCUUCUGCCUUUUCUGAUGAGUGCGCGUUGCGGGACCUGCAAGGAAAACAUAGCGGCCGAGGAAUUCGAAGGCUUUUCUUGGACAGGCCUGGCACCGUUCACUACAGGCGCGAGGAUCAGGAGACAGCGCACUCCUGCCGUCGAGAAACCAGGUCAUGUCUUCGUUCUCGGCGGCUACGAAAGUGUUCGGCGUGUCCCUUCUCGCCGUGCCAGCGACGUACUCGUUUAACGUGGUGGCCCAGCUACUCAAAUGGGAUAGCGCCUGGCCCGUAUGUUUGGGCGUAGUGGUGGUGCUUGCGGCGGUAGCCGGCCUCUUAUUUUGGGCCACUGGAAGGAAGGCCCCGUUGGCGGGCGGCCGAAAACUUGAACAGAUAUGGUUCUACGCCUUGGCGAUAUCCGCAUUUACGAGUGUGGCAUCCCUUACCGUGGGCCUUGAGCUAGACGGAAUCAUAUCAGGCUUUGUGAACGUGUACCUGAAGGUUGGGGAGCCGUACCUGCGGUGCAGCCAUGGAGCCAUGGCCUCAUACUGGCAUGGGACUGUGAUGUAUGCCAUGCACCUGAUGAUGUUGGCUGCACUGACUUGGGAUGGUAACCUCUACAGUGUCGCCCUCUUCUGGUGUGGUUCAAACAUCAACAGCACACUUGUGCUUUUGCUUGGAGUUGCAACAGGAAAACAUGGUAUCACGCCAGGUGCUGCGUUCUACCUUUUGGUGGCCAUUGCUUCUCUCUGCUUCCUCUACCAACUGAGACACCAGAGGAUCACCUACACUGUGUCUGGCCCAAGAGAAUGCCUUUUCAAGCGGAAACACGAUAUUGUCUUUCUUCUUUACCUUUUCGCUGCAAGUUUUAUAACCAUAUUUAGAGGCUUGGCUGUGCUAGGAACAAACAUUGGCUGGAUCAAUCGUUAUGUUGCUACUGUAGAGCCGUACCUGCAACACAAAGACCCAGCACCUUUUCCAAAGAUGCAGAUGCUUGUUUAUCUGUUCCACCAUCUGCCUCUGCAACUUGCCAGUGCCUAUGCAUUACUUGUGCCCAGCUGCCAGUGGAUGCCAGACCUUAGCCUUCUCAUUGCUGGUGCUGUGCUGCAGGGACAAGUGUCACACAUAGGUGCAUCUUUCCAUCCACGCACUCCGUACGUGAUGCGGGUGCCUCCUGAGCCCGUCUCGUGGCUUUCCUUUUGGAUUGUGAACCUUCUGCUAGCCCUGGGGUUCCAAUUUCUAGCGUAUAGGUGCAACACCGAUCCCGAGUUUUUUGCUGCACUUCGUUCGCACAGCGACCGACGGAUGUCAUAGCCCCCGGUGGUAUGUUAUACUCUUGUGAAAUUGAGGUGUUUUUGUCAGUAAGUUAAGCCAAAAGAGGGUUUAGUAACUCAAACAGAUGAACGUGCAUCCCUUUCAGGCAUACGUCUCUGGCUUGACCCCAAGUGCAUGCUCGUUCUUCAUGCCAAAAACAUCGUUCUCCCCUUUAUUUCAUACUUGAUUUAACAACCCCCAUACUCUGUGAUUUCAGCUGGCAAUCAUGGCUCAUUCAAACGAUGUGCUUGCAGUUCUGACUGCUUUUAGCGCAGGCUGUUGACAAACCUUCACAAAUUAUGACAAUAACUCAAGAAACAAGAAAACAUGGCAACAGUUGGUGGACUAGCAAAUGCCCGAUUUAGUUUGUGCACUAAAGAGUGUGCAAGAUGCCCUUCCUAGUCGGUGCUCUCACUUGUUUUACUUGGCUCUUGUGUGAUUGGAACUUCUUUAAUUUUUCUACUGCGAGGGUAGAGCGAUUUACUACAUACAAAUCAAUCACACAAGCACACAAAGCUUUCUCAAAUAGCCUCAAUGCGAUUGGAAGACUUAUUUACUUCCUAUAAUUAGAAAAACCGUAAUUUUCAAGGUAUAAACUGCUUGCCUGUAAAGUGCAUGUGAAAUAUCUCUUGGUUAGUGCAGCCCCACUUGUCAACACAGGCAGACUUUGCCUGCGGUAGGAUGAGUAGUAAUAAUAAUAAUUUGUGGUAACCUUUCCCGUUGCAAGCAUGUACUGUUCUUUAAGGAGAGGAUCUUUAAUAAUAAGGUCAUAUUUGAAUCUGUGGCAAUGCAUUUGUAGUGUGGAAUGGACAGAGCAGGAUGGAUUAGAACUUGAAUUAUCAUAUUAAGAUUUGCAUGAUGUAAAACUCGAUUGACAUGUUUUGGUCGAGUCAAUGUAAUGUGUGAUGCGGUGUGAAAUAAUUGAUGCAUUGCCGCGCCGACAUUGAGCUAAAAAUGUCUUGCCACGUUUGAGGGUUGUGAAUGCCGUAGCUUUCAUUUGAUUUUGCAGAUGCUUUAUGUACAUAAUAUUAUAGCUGCGAAGUUGGACGGUAUGGUCGUGUGCUUUCAGUGUUGUUUCUUGUCCCGACUUAUCUCACUUAGGCAGUGAGAAUUAAUAGUGUGACUCCUGCACAGCCUUCAUGGGGAACAUGCAGAACCAUAAUUAUUAUCUGCCUUUGUUGUGUUUGACCAUGGGUUUUCGAUGAGCAGAAUUCCUAGUCAAAGCUAUAUGAACAUACUGCUGCUGAUCAGCUGAUGUGAACCAGCUGGUUUUGAGUGUGUGACACGUGGCAGCUUGAUAUUAAAGGGACUGACAACCAAUUUUUAUAUGGUACCUGCUGUGUAUUGUGCGACAGAAACCUUACUCGUCUGAGCAUCUAAUCAUGGAACAGUAAAACAGAAAAUGGCGUGAAUUUUUAAAUCGAACUUUUUCAAUCUGCGGCACCUAUCAGAUCGCACAUACAAUGCGUGUUACAAACAGAGGUAGGUGAGCCGCUGCAUGGCGGUUCGUGUGAUGCAGUUAGCUGUGCAUGUGUGCACGCCCCGCGCAUGUAUUGAGACUUCACGCAAUUCCACUAGUUGCCGCAAAGGCAGCACCGCUUCUCAGUGUCAGCUUCUUUUGCCAUGUAAUAAGCUUAGAAUAAAGCGGGUGUGCCUAAUAAUAUAAGGAUUGUAAUUUUAAGCACAAAAUGUGGUGUGUCUGAACAAGGCCUGGCAAUGUGCUCUUUUACGCAGUGCACAGGCUUGCCACCAGGUGAUGCAACUUGCCAGCUCAUCUUUUUUUUACUUCCAAAGCUUGAUUUUGCUUCCAAAUCUUGAUUUCCAAAUGCGAAUUCUAUUCAAAGAAUGCUCGAUUUUGUCACUAUGGUUCACGGUGUUUCCGCUUCCAUUGGCGUCUUGCGACACAUUUUGACCGGUUGUCAGUCCUUUUAAGUGCACUAUUGGUAACCUGCAAGUUAUAAUGGUUUCAUUUGCUGCCUUUGUGCGAUUGAGAAAAUGCAGGUGCUCCCUGCACUGAUUAAGUAUUUUUUUAUGAAAGGUCUACGGUGAUGAAAAAUUGUUUUUAAUUGCAAGGUUUGCCAUCAUUUUUUGUGGAUUGAAGAGAGAUGCAGAAGCACUGAUUUGUUUGUGAUGUGCAUCUAUUGAAGCUUAACUUGAGAGUGCUAUUGCCACAGUGAGUGGAUCAUUGUUCAAAUUGUAAAUUUAAUAUAUAGAUGCCAUUAGCAGCCCGUGGUGUUACUCUGAAUAGAUGUUCAGUAGACCAAGAGAGCAAACUCCCCUGUUUAUGCUAAUGCUGCUGUCCGAAGGAAAUUUGUGCAUGUCGUGUGAGCACAGCACUUAAUGUUCAAUAAGUGCCUAUUUGGAGUGAUUUUAGUGAAAUUGCUUCUUUCACUGUGUAGUAUUUUAGUAUGUUAGUGGUUGUGAUUUAUUUAUUGUGCAUAUACGAAACACUUAAUGGUGAAUUUCGAAGCUGGUUUUUAUAAACAGCUGCAUGUACUCAACCAAGGUGCGAGAAUUAUUGCUACCAAGUUGAAACUGAAGUACUCCUUGCAUCAGGAAAACAAAGAAAGAAAUUCUUCGAGGCUGGCCUGUUGGAAAACUUUUGUGUAGGUUCUGACUUUGCAUUAUUAUAAAAAAUUGGUGGAUUGUUUACUAGCACAUCAAUACUAUUAUACCUUUCAACUAUGCUGCAUUCUAUUUCUUUUAAUGUUAACUAGUGUGUACUUAGUUAUCAACUGCACAAGUCUUAUCAAGAUAUUGAAGGUAUGUCACUGUGCAGCUGAACUUUCAUUCAGUGAAAUUCAUUACGAGAGCCAAUUUUCGUUAGUAUAACGCUUUUCGUUUUAUCAGUGAGGGUAUUAUCUUGUUUUCACAGCACUUAAUUAAUUAAUGAGUGGGGAUAGAAGAGGAGGAGAAGUGUUAGAGACCAAUCAGAACUACUACGUACUUCACCGCUUAGUAUUGUAGCAUGCAGAUUUAUGCAGUUUGUACUACAAUUAGCACUAAGCCUGAAAGCUAAAUUGAGGCUCAUUAGUAAAAGGUAGUAUAAUCGCUGAAACUUUUCAGAGUGAUUAGAUUGUUUAUAGCCAGAAAAAUGUACAAGGUCUUUGUGCAAGAAUUUGAGUUUUGGAAGAACACUGAAGGCCAACCAGAACGGUGUUAUUGAAAAUAUAAUGAUGUUUUGGCUUCCUCACAAAAGGCUUACUCACCAACAAGCCUUGUUCACUAACUAGUUUAUUAGUCGGAGAACAUUCUGAGGAUCCGUUUCAAGCAAGUUUAUCAGUCUCAAAUGCAUAUGUGUGAAUCAGCACAAAUACUUACAGCUUUGCGUGAUUCGUACUCAUUCAUGCAACGUAAUCCUGUGGCAUUUCAAUUAUGUUUACUUACUAUUCACAGUGUGAUCAAAAUGUAACAUUUCUUGCACAUUGUAGUGCCCAGUGAAGAUUUAUUUUGUGUUCAUUUGCUUACUAUAAUAAGUUACUAUAGUCAUGUAAAAUGGUGAUAACUCUUGUUUUUAUCAUGUUAAUUUUCACUAUGUGUCCUUUUAGCACUUUCUGAGACAGUUCAGGGAUGAAAUGCUUAUGUAGCUUGCUUUGUUGUAUAUUUAUAUUCUUUUUGUGCACUGUAUAUUCCAUCUGAGCUUUUCUAUAAACAGCUGAAUGCUCCUAAUUGUUUAGAUUUACCACUUGUAAUUUAUUUCUCCCUUUAAGUUUAGCUAGGGAUUCAGUGGAAGCAAGUAUAUCUAUUCUUAGCGUAUGCAUCAUUUUUUCAGCAGGUACUUUUCAGAAACUUGAUAGAAUAUGUGGAAGACUGGCUCUAUAAAUUGAUUCAUUGUUUACAAACAGUGGCAGGAUGCUUUGUUACUUUUCUAAAUAAUUGCGCUCUUCUUGUGGGUGCAUUUGAGUUGUAAAUCUGUUCUAGUGUUGCACUUGUUCCAAAGAUCACAUCCUUUGCUUUCCACGUAUGUUUCACAGUUUUCUAUAUGCUAAAAUUAGAGUCGACCUGUAUUCUUGCUUCCAUAUUAUGUUUCUGUAGUAUCCUUACAUCAUGGCAUUAGUGCAUUCUGGCAUCUUGCCAGACUUCUGCAUGUGCUAAGACUUGCUCCAUGUAGGAACCGCAGUUUGUGGUAUAAAAGCCUGACCCUUUUUUAUUUUAGUAAAAACUUUAAGACACGAUUUCAUCAUUUAUUUUGUGCAUCAGCUUAUACAACGUCGAUAGUAGCCUUCCAUCUAGUAUUGCAUAAAUUUGGGAACAAGCCCAAGUAAUUAUCACCUGUUGUAAAUUUGUUCUUUUUUUUUAGUAAACUCUCAUGUUUUCUUUUUCUCUUGGAACUGCAUUUAUGCAUGGUGACAGUAGUAAGAAGCUUCAGAAAUUGUAGAUUCAUAGUGUCUGAUCACUGUCUGUCCUUCAUACCAAAAAUAUUCGACCCCUGUCACAGUGUCACAGAUGCACAGUGUCACAGAUGCGCAGUGUCACAGAUGCAUCAAUGUGACGUUAAGUUCUCUAUACUGUUUUGAGCUAAUUUGCAUCCAUUAUCCGUAAAACUCUUGGUGCGAAUCAGUGUUCAUGAAUACUUUCAUGUCAUUAUUUUAUUCCCAAAGAUAUGUGAGCAUAGCGAUUAAUCAGGCUUUCAAACAAAAAUUAUUGUUCUACUUAGCACAGUUUGCUAAGCUUUCUUCACAUUUUCUUUGUCUGUGCAUUAUUUAUAUAACGAUUCGUUAAACACACAAUAUGUCGAACUAGUUCAGUGCACAUAUUCUAAUGGGUUCAAAAGAAAUAUGACAAAAUAGCAUUUGCGUGGAGUAUAUUGAAUGUUCAAUGUAAAGUUAGUGCCUUAAAUUUCUGCAUCCAUGAUGUGGUUGCGCAGCUUAUGAGAUGCUAGUGCAAAAAGAAAAUAUUUUAUGUGCUCUAUUAAAAAAAAAUUAGUACAGUAUAUUGUAUAGUCUUUUUGCUACCAUUGACAGAAUGCACAUUUUGUAUACAGUGCUUGAAUAACUUUUGCAUAUUGAAUGCAAAGUAACGUACAGCGGCGUUUUGUGCAGGAUGCGGCUGUUCAUAUAGAUUUGAGAAGUAUUGUAUUCAGUACAUGUGCUGCUGUGAGCUCCAGUUAUAUUUUUCUUUGUCAAAUGUCUUCGAGAAAAUUUCCGGAGCCCUCCACUA